AUGGACGAGAACAGGUCGCCCAGCGAGGUUGACCUCAAAAAGGGGAGCCCCGACCUCGAGCACGCCGUUUCGCGCCCCCUGAAGAACCUCAGCGAUGAGGAACGCCUUGCUCAGCUGGGCCAUCAGCAGGAACUCAACCGAUCAUUCUCCCUCCCAGCCCUCGGCGCACUCUGUCUUUGUUUGAUGGCCACAUGGGAAGCCCUGUCCACAGUUAUUGCGGCCGCGCUGGUUAGCGGUGGACCACCUUGUCUAUUUUAUAACUACGUUCUUUCGUUCCUUUGCACAAUGUGCAUUGUCGUCUCCUUGGGAGAAAUCGCGUCCAUCUAUCCCACCGCAGGCGGACAAUACCACUGGGUGGCGGCACUUUGCCCUGAGUCGACCAAGUCUGCCGCUUCAUGGGCGACGGGCUGGAUCUCCGUUGGCGGGCAGAUCGUUCUCACAGCAUCGGCUGCGUUUGCCGCGGGCCUCCAAGCCCAGUCCUUGAUUAACAUUAAUAAUGACGACUACGUUGGCAAACGAUGGCAGGGUAUGCUCUUCUACUGGGCCAUUCUAGCAUACGCUGCAUUCUUCAACAUUUGGGGCAUGAAAGCCAUGCCUCACAUCAACUUGAUUUCCGGAGUUAUCCAUGUUGCUGCCUUUGUCGCAAUCGUCAUCACGCUUGGAGUCAUGGCACCGAAGAAUACUUCUACCUUUGUCUUCACCGAAUUCGUGAAUAGUAGCGGUUGGAAGAGCGACGGCAUCUCCUGGCUCGUCGGUAUGCAGAGCGCAGUGUACCCGUUCCUUGGAUACGAUGCUGCAUGCCAUCUCGCAGAGGAGUUACCCCAUGCGGCCCGCAACGUUCCCUUGGCCAUGGUUGGAAGUGUUAUUGUCAAUGGCGUGAUCGGCUUCAUCUACUGCAUCGUCCUCCUUUACUGCGCCAGCUCCCUCGAAUCGUUGUUGGGAACCUCCACGGGAUUCCCCUUUAUGCAAAUCUUCCUCGAUGCCACGCAAUCCAGGGCAGGAGCAACCGUCAUGUCCCUCAUGCCGGUUCUUAUUGCGACUGCUGCGACUGCGGCGGGACUUGCAUCUACGUCGCGCACCCUUUGGGCGUUCGCUCGCGACAAGGCAACCCCCUAUGACGAAUACUUCAGUGUCGUGAACCCAAAGCUCCAAGUGCCUGUCAGGGCUGUGGUGGUUGUUCUCGCGUUCCAGGUUCUCCUUGGUCUCAUUUACCUCGGAAAUGCUACUGCUUUCAACGCCAUUCUUUCCAUGGCCAUCAUUGGCUUGUAUCUGUCUUACUUGCUGCCCAUCGUGUACAUGCUCUUCUACGGGCGCCGUACACUGGAGAGGAGCGACUAUGGACCGUUCGUUCUACCUCAAAUUGUUGGCAUUGCCAUGAAUGCCAUCAGCAUUGUGUGGAUGAUCGUCGUUAUCAUUUUCAGCACAUUCCCGUUGACAUACCCAGUGACAGCGCAAAACAUGAACUACUCCGUCGUUGUUUUGGCUGGCUGGGCUGCUUUUGGCGCUAUUUAUUACUAUGGGUUUGGUAAGAAGAAGUACGAAGUUCCACUGACGGACUUGGCUGUUAUGGACGCAAGGACGGAAGUGGCCGAGAAGUGA